AUGGAGAAGACAUCAAGAACAUCUACACCACAAUCAUGCGCCCAGCCGUACGUCUUCCCCUCCGGGAGGCAUUCUAUGUCUGCUCAAACUGCAGACAAGAGACUCUUCCCCGAAUCUCCCCGAUUGCCCGCCAAUUCCGCCGCUAUGCCUCGUCCGAGCAAUCCUCGAGCUUCCUUGACCGGACUCGUCGCCGACUCUGGAGCGAGAAGCCCCCCCGGUGCAGAGGACCCUUACUCCGGAUCCUCACAGAUGAACCGUGCGGCCGAAGAACACGAUGGUGGCCUUCAGGCCGGAUCCAGCGAAGGAGCCGACCUGGCGGUGGGUGAUAAUUAUGAACAGGCCGAUACCUGGAAGGGUCUGGACGUGAUUGGAUUCGUCAAGGAGAAUGAGUGGUUAGAGCAGGGCUCUGACGCGGAGGCUGAUAAGUAUACUCGUUAUGACGCCGAUGUCAAGCCUCGAAAAUUGCCUUUCGCUUCUCACCAGGCCGCUGUCGAGAUUGCCAUCAUGCAGUUGCUCGGCAAGCCCUUGGAUAGCAUCUGCGAGGUCGGAACACACAACCAUACUGUUCAGCAGUUGAUCGAUGCUUGUACAUUUGUGGAUGCUGAGUCUGGAACUGCUUUGCGCUUCCCCAAACAGAAGACUCUGGAAGCGCUGGUUUUCGUUUUCAACCAGAUUGGAGGAAAGACCGAAGUUCAGGUCGAGUCACCAGAGAAGCUCAUUAUCGAGAAAUCAGUGGAAGGAACUUCCCAUUCUCUCUCUCUGACCGAUCCUGCAGUCAAGUUUGCCUUUGCUAAGCGGUUAUCCCAACUCCUGGGCCGUCGGAUCCCCGACCAGGUCAUCAGCUCAGCCAAUUCCUCUGCAGACUUGGUAGCUGGUCUCAGCACCAAGCUCAAGGAGAAGCCCAUUAAUGUCGUGAAGAAGCUGGCUAAGCCGGCUACCUGCCCCCCUAACCUUAAGUUCACUUCCAAGCGCCUGACCAAGGCCGACCAUGAUGAGGAUGUUGGUCGCAAGAAGUCUAUCAUCGCUGAGCUCCACCGCAGAAAUCUGAUUCUGGAGAAGGAUGAGCACAGGCCUUCUGGUCUUCACUGA